UUUUUAUACAAUGAUGAAGUAGAUUUGUGGAGGCAAGGAUAAUUAGUGCUAAUUAAAGCUGUUAAUUAUAGAAAGGGAAGGGGAAAAAAAUGAUUCUCCCUAUCAGAAUCUGUGUAGACAGUCGGUCAAAAUUUACAGUCUCUUUCCUUGGCCUUUUCUUAAUGGCAAACGGCAACGCUUUUCUCUCUCUAAAAUUUUCCAUGGCUGUGGUAGGGUGAAUGGGUUAGUCAUUACAUUAGCACUUUUGGAUUUGAAGCUUUUAACUUUCUAGAUUUUUGAUGAUUUUAUGAGAGAGAAGCUAUGAUGCAUUAAAAUCCCUAAAUCAGCGUUGAGCACAACGUGUUCGACGAAAAGAUUCAUUCAAUAACGAGCUCAAAAACUGAUUCAGCAAAUUAAACAACCCUUCCCUCUCUCUCUCUCUCUCUCUCUCUCUCUCUCUCUCUCUCUCUCUCUUGUGCAUGGAACUGACAAUAGAAAACCAAGGCGGCGGCGGCGGGGUGGAGAGAGACUACAGGAGGGGGAACUGGAGCCUCGAAGAAACGAUGAUCCUAAUCGAGGCGAAAAGAAUGGAUGACGAGCGGCGGAUGAAGCGGGUGGGAGAUGCCGCGAAGCCGGCCGAGCUGCGGUGGAAAUGGGUGGAGGACUACUGCUGGAGAAGGGGGUGCUUCCGCAGCCAGAAUCAGUGCAACGACAAGUGGGACAAUCUGAUGAGGGAUUUCAAGAAAAUCAGAGAAUUCGAGCGGAGAGAGAAGAAGAACAAGUCGUAUUGGGGAAUGGAGAGAAGUGAGAGGAAAGACAGCAAUUUGCCUUCGAAUAUGCUUCUGCAGAUUUAUGAAGCGCUCGUCGCGGUGGUGGAGAGGAAAGGCCAACCAACCGCCGUGAGUUCGAUUGGAUAUUUGGUUAGUGGUGUGGAGAAAUCUACUGGACAAUUUUUGCACUCAACGGUCCAUCCUAUCCUUCGCUCUCCGAUGAUUCCUCAAUCUCCGGCAGCUCAGCCAUUGCCCACACUAGAUUCCGGCUCGCCCUCAAAAAGAAGAAGGCGACUAGGCAGAGGCGAAGGCGAAGGAGGAGAAGGAACGAGCGGAGCUACCACGACGACGUUGCAAGAGGUAGGGUCUGAGAUAUCAAGAAGCGCUUCGAUCAUAGCUGAGGCAAUUCAAUCAUGUAAGAAUAGGGAGGAUGAAAGGCACAAAGAAAUGGUGAGUUUAUACAAAAGAAGGCUGCAGAUUGAGGAAUCAAAGGCUGAGAUCAAUCGACAAGGCAUCAAAGGUCUAAUCGACGCCAUUAACAAGCUGGCUAAUUCCGUGCUUGCUUUGGCAGCCAAUACAACCCAACCCUCCAAAUAAUCACUUCAUCAAUUGAUGAUUAAUUCUUAGAGUAAUUUAUAUGUGUAGUCAUUGCUAUAAAUAUUACCAUGUUUAUUUGGAAAUGUCUUGCGUAAUCUUAUCUCUUGUUCAAUUGAUUUUUCUCAAA